UUCUUCCUACAAUUAUUCAUCCUCACCAGCAACUCUCUCUCUCCCUUCUGAAAAUGUUAACUAGUGCUAAGCUCCUCUUUGCGGGAUGUGUUAUCCUUGUCUUUCUAGUCCAACAAAACCACACCUGUCAUGCUAUAAGCAACAAUUCGUGCCCUUCUUCCUCUUGUGGCCACAUCUCCAACAUAGACUACCCUUUCCGAUUGAAAACUGAUUCUGCAAACUGUGGCCGGAAAGAGUACGAACUUGCUUGCGAGAAUAACGUUCCUGUAGUGUACUUAUCUUCAGCAAAAUAUUAUGUCAAGGAAAUCAAUUACAAAAACUUCACAAUACGACUGGCUUAUUUCGAUGUGCAAAACGAUGACUACUGCUCUCUACCUCCUUAUCCAUCAACAACCAGAAAUUCUUUUUCCUCGUCGUACGAUUCGUAUGUUGAAUCUUAUAAGGACUAUCUAUAUCAGGACUUGGUUUUCGUAACUUGUCCAAAGCCAGUAAUUUCUGAAGUUUAUGUGGAUACUUCUCCUUGCAAUAUUAUUUACAAUUCCUCUUCUUCCUCUCCUAAUUUGGAAAUGAAAGGUUAUGUUAAAGUUGGGUCUGAUGAUGCAAUGGAUUUGAAGGAUUCUUGCCGUAUCGAGCGAAUCUAUAUUACGUCUUUGUUGCCAAAAGAUGCAAAGAACGUUUCCUAUGCAGAUGUUCACCGUAGUUUGGCAUAUGGGUUUGAGCUUUCAUGGUUUUUGGGGGGAUGCUGUUUGGAUAACUCAGAAAACCUUUGCAAGCUUGAUGCUGCCACCAUCAUCCGCAGCUGCCAUUCUACAACGGUUUCAGGACGGCCUAGUAAUCUACGUCCUCUUCUUGUUAAACUGGAAGAAAGUGCACUUGGUCGUCUACUCAGGCGACUCAAAUGGCAACCGGCUCUCUAUGCUGAUUUGGAUUUUAAGGGUUGUGUACUGGCCCUCCUUCAUUAUGUUGUUCUUCUUUUUGUGUUGUAUCGUGGUCCCUUAUUCCUGGGUGGGGUUAUUUGGACUAUCCUAUUUUUUAUUAAUAGAUGGAGAAGGAGGCAUUUAUCUGAAUAUGGCAUAGUUGAAGAAUUUUUGCAAAGUCAUAAUAAUCUUAUGCCUGUUAGAUAUACUUACUCAGAUAUUAAAAAGAUUACCAAUUGUUUCAAAUACAAGUUGGGUGAAGGAGGUUAUGGCUCUGUAUAUAAAGGAAAACUUCGUAGUGGCUAUUUUGCAGCAAUAAAAAUGUUGGGCAAAUCUAAAGCUAAUGGUCAAGAAUUCAUCAAUGAAGUGGCUACAAUUGGAAGAAUUCAUCAUGUGAAUAUAGUGAGGCUCAUUGGAUUUUGUGUUGAAGGAUCUAAACGAGCUCUUAUAUAUGAAUUCAUGCCUAACGGAUCUCUAGAUAAGUAUAUAUUUUCUCAUGAUGUUGGCACUACAAUAAGCAUUGAGAAAAUGUAUGAUAUUUCUCUCGGAGUAGCUCGUGGCAUUGAAUAUCUACAUCGAGGUUGUAACAUGCAAAUUUUGCAUUUCGAUAUCAAACCACACAACAUUCUUCUUGAUGAAAAUUUCAUUCCAAAAGUUUCAGAUUUUGGAUUGGCAAAGUUAUAUCCAACAGAUAAUAGUAUUGUGUCUCUCACAGCGGCAAGAGGAACAUUAGGUUACAUGGCUCCGGAGUUGAUAUAUAAAAGUAUUGGAAGCAUCUCUUACAAAGCAGAUGUCUAUAGUUUUGGAAAGUUAUUGAUGGAAAUGGCUGGUAGAAGGAAGAAUUUCAAUGCAUCUGAUGAGCAUUGGAGCCAAAUAUACUAUCCUUCAUGGGUUUAUGACCAAUUCAAUGAAGGAAAGGACAUAGAAAUUGGAGAUGCGACAGAAGAGGAAAGGAAAAUAACAAAAAAGAUGAUUGUAGUAGCAUUGUGGUGUAUUCAAUUGAAGCCUAGUGAUCGUCCUUCAAUGAACAAAGUUGUAGAAAUGCUUGAAAGUGAAAUUGAAUGCAUAGAAAUGCCUCCAAAACCUACUUUCUAUCCACAAGAGAUGCCAAAAGAAGAUUUUGAAAUCAAAGCAAGCAAAGAGUUAACCAAUAUACCACAGAGUUAUUUAAAUUCUAUUAGUUGGAUGUUGAAUGGACGUUGAAUUGUGUAUUUUUCAUAAAUAUUAGCAAUAGAAUUUUAUUAGCAAAACAAAAUUUUAUUGAUAUUUAUAUUUUAUUUGUAUUUGAAAUGAGAGUGAUAUAUAGCUCCCUUUAUUAUA